UUUUCACAUUUCUUUUCAUAUGAAUUCAUGUCAUUUAAAAAAAACGUAAUCCCUAUUAUAUUAGCCUAUUAGGUCAUACGAAGUAGAAUACGGAGUAUAUAACAUUAUUAGAGAUAAUAUGAAUUAUGGAAUAAUGACUUACCCUUCUAAUCUUUUGAGGCUAUUUAAUUUUCCCUCACUAAUCUUCGAUCUUCUAAAUAUUAUCUGAAAUUUUAUUUGGAUUAGCAAACAAUAGAAUAGAAUAAAUAGAAUGGAAUAGAGAGAUGAGGAUACUGGAGACACUUGAGCUAAACUGGCGGGGAUGGGAUGACAUUAAAUGUCCUCAUAUGUCUCUUCCAUGUCGUCAUUUUUACAAUAUAGUGUCCUCUACAUAUUACAAAUAUAAUUAUAUGUUAAUUACUCCAUCUUAUUUUAAUGUCCUCAUAUAGCUAGGCUUAAUUAGCUACCAGCUGCCAAGCUAGCCGGCCAUGGCGUCUGCCACCCUGCUGGAGCAGUUGCCGGAGGAUUGUAUCGUUCAAAUCCUCUCCGGUGUACCACCCCGCCUGGCUUCCCGGUUGUCGUUGGUCUCGACGGCUUUACGCACCGCCGCUGAGUCAGAGCAGCUGUGGGAGACUUUUCUGCCAUCUGAUUAUCCAGAGAUUUUAAGCAGAUUAGUGUUUCCCAUAAGAUUCAUGUCCAAGAAAGAGUUGUUUGUCAAGCUUUUCAGCCCUCUUCUCAUAGAUGGAGGCCAUAAGAUCUGGAACUGCUCUUCCGAGCGUCGGUCAACCGGAUCCGUCACGGUCAAGGGGAAUAACCUUGUCGGAACCGGCCAAGCAGUGGAAGCAGCUGAAAUCCGGAACCCAGCCCACCACCAGCGGCGACGCCACAACAAGGCCAUGCUCCACCGCAGAUCUGCGACCCGGAAGACCACCGGCGAAGUACGGUCUCCGCCGUCUCGCUCGCGACGGCGCCUAACUCCCGGCAGCUCCGCCACCGCUUCGGCCUCCAUCGCAGCUCAAGGAAAGCGGAGGCCAUGACUUCCAUCUUCUUAAGCCAUUUUCUUUGGUUGCCGGAGGUCCGCCAUUACUGGCCAUCUCCAUGCUCCGAAGAAUGACAAGUCUGAGUUUCGUCAACUCCGCCACCGUGCGCCAAGUCACCACAUUUCUGCUGGAUCUCGCCUACCCGUUCACAGAUCUCAUCGGCCACAUGGUUGCCGCCAAGCACGGGUAGCUGAAGCUUGCCGCCGCUGUUCUCAGAAGGCACAGAUCUGGAAUGCUCCUAAUUAAGCCACAGCUGCAUCGCCAUCCUGGACGCUGUCGUCCGCUGAAAUGCAUGCGGCUGACCCAUAUCUCGCCUCCAUCACCGCAUAUAUCUGCGACGCCAUCUCCGACGCCUCCCACCUUGCUCCUGGUUGCUCCGCCACCACGCCUGGACCAGAUUGCUCUACGUCAGCGUUCAACCUCAAACUCUCAGAUGUUAACCCUGGUGACCUCGCCCCAGCGCAGCCCCGACAGCUCAAUCCGGCUGUGAUAUUCCAGUCGCCAGCGCCGCCGAAAAGUCCCCGGCAAGCCAUCCCUCGUCUGUCGGACCUCCGAGGGCCAUUUAUGUGCAAGGCACGCUGGCGGAAGGGUUCCCCUCUGAAGAAAAGAAGAAGAGGCAGGUGUUGACUCGGUCAACAUUCAUUCUCUAAUCUGCUAGCUCCAGCACAUGUCGAAUAGAAAGCAGGAGGGACAAGGCUGUGAAGUUCCUCAUGAAAAAAUUGGUAUAGACCUAUCCAGCAAUAUGGGCCAGACAACCAUCAAAAUUUUAAAUCAAUUGGGCCAGACUUGUCCUACCCAUAUGGAUCAUCUUCUCCAACAUAAUUAACACCCGAAAGAUAAGUAUCUUUAAUUUUAAUAAUAUUUAUGUUUAUUUUAAUCAAUAUUUUGUUGUCGGUUAAAUGUCACACAAUCACGCACUUAUGAUCAAAUGCCUAGUAGAGUGUGGCUUGAGACCCAUCACUAGGAUUUAAAGCCCUGACUCCUCAGGCACAAAGCCCUGUCUCCUCAGGCACAAAGCCCCGACCAAGUCGGGCAUGAAGACAAAACCCCGACCAAGUCGGGUACGAAGACCGGUCUUAGUCAUUCAUCGAGUGGCGACCGUUGCUUACGAAUGGCUCACACAUCCAUUCUACUAAGUAUUUUAUCAUUACAUUAACAAUUCACAUCUCCACUUGUUUCAAGUGACGAACUCCCGAUCGGGAACAUAAAUCCCAAGAAAAAAUUUUAUAUGUAUGAUAAAUGUGUGGGUACGAAGAUGACUUUACUCAUUUUCAUCUCGUCUCCACUCGCCUCAAAGAGUGGGGACUGGGGGACUGAGGUGUCAGAGUUUCUAGAUGAGCAGAAAAUAUCACGCAAGAGCAGGAACGAGAGCUGAGUCAGUUGAAGAGGAGCUGAGCUAGAUUGAUUAUGCCGGAGGGGAUUUACCUUCCUUGUUUCAUGUUGGGGGCGCUAGGUGUACUCUUUUUCCCUUUAUUAGGAUUUUUUCCCACUGGGUUUUUCCUAGUAAAGGUUUUUAACGAGGCACCUCCCCAUAAUGGACAAGGGUGGUGGUCCCCCGGCCGAAGAGGAAGAACGUACGUUGCAGAUAUAGUUUGGACUACUCCCUUUCGCCUCGAGUACUCUCGACUCAAGGAGUGGGGGACUCCUGAUGGAUUAUAUGGACUCCGACCCCCCGGUAUGCCGACUACUAGGCCUGGACAGCGGCCCACACACGUUUAACAGAUAUCAUUAAUAUUAUUGUACAUUAUUAUUAUUAUUCAGAUGUUCUAGAUUAGCUUUUUAUACUAUCAGUCCAUUUAUGUAACCGGGUCUGUCAGGCCCAUAUUAGAGGCCCAGACCCGGAUUUUCCCUAUAUAUACUCCUUAUAGGAUAUAUACUCAGGAGGCUUGUAACUCAUACAACCAAUAUUCAUU